CGAACAACCAGCAGGGAACGAGGGCGCGACCCGGCCCUUCUAUAAGUCACGUGCCGCUUCAUCUCUUCUCCUCCUCCUCGCCCGAGCGACGCACCUCUCGUUCCCCUCUUCUCCAUCUUCUCAGCCCUAGGCCCCAACUCUGCGUCCCAUCCGGCUCUCCGGUCGCCCCUCUUCUCCAUAUUCUCAGCCCCAGCCGCCCCUACGCCCCCAUCCCGUCUUCCCCACCCGCAGCGCCGCCGCGCCGCCUCCCCCAUUAUCGCAGAACAAAAUGUCAAAUAGAGACCCCAAGUACAUACCAGUAAGCGUGAGCGCACGGUCGGAUUGCGCCGUGCCAAUGAGUUAUGACGUGCCGCUUCUCGGGGCGCAAGAGGCCACGCGGCCGGGGAAGGCGCCGCAGGGCGGGGCUCAAGACGACGGCAAUGCCAGCUUCGUGCGAACUUGCCUCAACGGCACCAACGGCUUGGCAGGUGUUGGGCUGCUGUCGAUGCCGUACGCGCUCGCGGAGGGUGGGUGGCUGAGCCUGGCGCUGCUCGCCGCCGUGGCCGCCACCUGCUGGUACACGGGCCUCCUCCUCGGGCGUUGCAUGGCCGCUGACCAGGCAAUCCGGACGUACCCGGACAUCGGCGAGCGCGCCUUCGGCCGCCGGGGACGCCUGGUCGUGUCCGCCUUCAUGUACGCUGAGCUCUACCUCGUCGCCAUCGGCUUCCUCAUCCUCGACGGCGACAACCUCGACAAGCUUUUCCCCGGCGCCAGCGUUCGCCUGGGGCCCGCGUCUCUUGCGGGGAAACAGCUGUUCGUCGUGUUGGUGGCGCUCAUGGUCGCGCCCACGACGUGGCUGCGCAGUCUAGGCGUGCUCGCCUACGUCUCCGCAGCAGGCGUGUUCGCGUCGGUCGCCAUCGUCCUCAGCGUGCUCUGGGCCGCGGCCGUCGACGGCGUCGGGUUCUCUGGGCGAGGCAAUACUACGCCAUUGCGGCUCACCGGCCUCCCCACCGCUCUCGGCCUCUACACCUUCUGCUACUGCACCCACGCGGUGUUCCCGACGCUGUACACAUCCAUGAAGCAAAAAUCUCAGUUCCCAAAGAUGCUAGCGAUAUGCUUCGUGCUGUGCACGCUCAACUAUGGCUCAAUGGCCGUCUUGGGGUACCUCAUGUACGGCGACGGCGUGCAGUCCCAGGUGACGCUCAACCUACCGGCGGCGAGGCUCAGCUCCAAGAUCGCCAUAUACACGACGGUGGUCAUGCCUUUCUCAAAGUAUGCGCUGGUGGUCACUCCGAUCGCGGUGGCCAUCGAGGAGAGGUUUCGUGGCGUGGUAGGCGAGGGAGCCGCGGCCUCCGUGGCGGUGAGGACGCUGCUGGUGCUGAGCACGGUGGUCGUCGCGAUCGCGCUGCCAUUCUUCGGGUACCUCAUGGCGCUGGUGGGUUCCCUGCUCAGCGUGUGCGCGUGCAUGCUGCUGCCGUGCCUCUGCUAUGUCAGGAUCUUCGGAGCUACAUCUCUCACGGCUUCGGAAACUGCGUCGAUCAUCGGAAUACUGAUGUUGGGCUUGCUGGUUGCUAUAACAGGGACGUACUCUUCUCUUGUGCAAAUUAUCCACGAGUUGCAACUGGGAGUGUAAAAUGUCUAAUUCUUUUAUUUAGCUUCUUUUAGUUGAACUGGUUAAAUGAUAUGCAAUUUAAUAGCA